AUGACAUCCAGAAAGCGCUCCGAGUCAGACGCUGGGCCUGACGAUGCAAACAAAAAGGUCAAGAUCAAUAUAGACACAAGCAAAACAGACUCCAAUGGAGAUCGCUACUGGGAGAUAUCUAAAACGCGCCGCGUUACUGUCUCUUCUUUCCGAGAAAAGAAUAUGGUGAACAUUCGGGAAUACUACACGAAAGAUGGACAGGACUUACCCGGCAAAAAGGGGAUCUCGCUCCCCAUGGAUCAGUUUUCUACUCUCAUAACUCUUCUUCCUCAGCUUGAACAGGCAUUGAAGGACAGUGGUGAAAUCUUGCCUCGGCCUGCGUAUCUUGGAACCCCCAGUGAAGGCGAGACACAGGAUCACUCAGACAGCAACCGAAGCCCAUCGAAGCAGAAUAUUGAGGCGACUAGUGACGAGGAUGAAGGGGAAUGA